UGUAGAGAGAGAGAGAGAUGAAGGGGUAGAGGGAGCGCGCUCUGGGGGGAAUAAUCAACCUUACUAGUGUUGUGGAUUUCUCUGCGCGGAAGAAACGGCAAGAGCGAGGAUUUUCGUUUUUUUUUUUCUGAUUUUGGAUCCGUUUUUCUUUUUACUUCUUCUAGGAUUUCUGUAAGUCGUUGUUUUUUUUUUUUUCUUUUCUGGGAUCUGUUCUGUUGAAGUUUUUACUUAGUUGUGGCUAUGGCGGAGCAUCACGACCACGAGCAUGAACAUGAGGAGCCUAAAGGUGAGUCGUUGCUUGACAAGAUUACCGAGAAGAUUCAUGCUCAUGAUUCCUCUUCUUCUGAUUCCGAUGAUGAUAAGGGCGAUGCUUCUGCUUCUAUCAAAUCUAAGAUUUAUCGCCUCUUUGGUAGGGAAAGGCCCGUCCACAAGGUUUUCGGCGGAGGAAAACCCGCUGAUAUUUUUCUGUGGAGAGACAAGAAGUUGUCCGGUGGAGUUCUAGGAGGAGCAACAAUCGCAUGGAUUUUGUUUGAGUUGCUUGAAUAUCACUUUCUGACGUUGAUUUGCCACAUCUUUAUGGCUGCUCUAGCAGUAGUGUUUUUGUGGUCCAAUGCUUCUUUCUUCAUUAACAAGUCUCUGCCGCACAUCCCUCAAGUUCACAUUCCAGAGGGCCCAGUGGUAGAGAUUGCCUCUGCUUUGAGAGUUGAAAUCAAUAGGGCCAUUGCUGUCUUGAGAGAGAUUGCAUCAGGAAGGGAUCUGAAGAGCUUUCUUUAUGCUAUUGCUGGUUUGUGGGUUCUAUCCAUUGUGGGAAGCUGGUUCAACUUCCUAACCUUGCUAUAUAUUGGAGUCAUUGUACUCUUCACCGUGCCCCUGUUCUAUGAGAAAUACGAUGACAAGGUGGACGCCUUUGCAGAGAAGGCAAUGGCCGAGAUCAAGAAACAGUAUGUAGUAUUUGAUGCUAAGGUGCUCUCUAAAAUCCCAAGAGGACCACUGAAGGACAAAAAGAUUGCUUGAGAGAUGCCUGACUCUUGUGGUAGUAGUCCUGUCUUUUUUUUUUCUGUUCUUUUGAUCUAAAUAUGCAUUUGGUGGUAGGGUUUUUUGUCAUUGGCAUUCUGAAGUUUCAUCCAUGAAAGAAUCUGUCUUUUCAUACUUGUGUUCUCAUCAGUGGGGGUUGGCAAUGUGGAUUAAUUUGUGGAUUGCUGAUAAAAUACACAUGAUUUUGCUACAGUUUUAUGGCUCUCUUUUAAAAUGUUAAAGCCUUUACCUUUAGUGAAGCAAAAAUCUUAGACAUGUUAUAUUUAAUUUAUAGCUGUUUGAUA